AUGACCAAACUUCUACCACUAAGAAAAACCAAAAAAAAACAAUGUCUCUGUGAGGUAGCAAACCAGAAUAGAGAAUGUCACAUUAGAGUGGCAACAACCGCCGCAAAAAGUAGUAAUGAUGAAGACCUAAAUGAGAAUCAUCACAUUUCAAAGUUUCAUGAAAUAGUGUCGCAAGGUCCAUUAUACAUCUGUAGCUGUUGUGACCAGCUAUGGUAUAAACACAGUGUUUCUUCAGCUGGGGAAAAAUACCUUAUUAAUAAAGUAAGUGUCAAACAUAAAGAGUGGCUUUGCAGAACAUGCUACAAAUACUUAAUAAAGAAUAAAGUUCCUCCUACUGCUAUUUUAAAUGGAAUGCAAUUUCCAAAAAACCCAGAUUUUUUUGACUUGAAUGAACUUGAAUGUAGACUUCUUGCACCAAGACUGGCAUUUCAAAAAUUAAUGCAAGCUCCAAGGGGAAGGCAAGUCAAAAUUCUUGGAAAUGUAGUUAAUGUAGUGGCAGAAGUAUCCAAUACUGUUAAUGUGUUACCAAGGUUACCCAGUGAUACUGGUAUAAUUAAAGUAAAUUUAAAGAGAAAAUUACAAUACAAAAGUUCAGCAAUGUCUUUCAAUGUAAGACCGCAUAAAGUUAUUCAAGCAGCUAACUGGCUCAUAAAUAACAGUAGCCUGUAUAGACAAGAAGGAAUAACAGUUAAUCAGGUCUGGGGAGUAGAAUAUAGAGACUAUUGUUUGGUAGAUGAAAGAAAUAUUGAAAAUGAACACAAAGGGCUACAAAAUAUUGUUAACUGUUGUGUUAAUACUGCAAGUAAUACUAAUUGUGAUGAAGUUGUAGAGACCGAAGAUCAGUGGAGUGAAGAUGAAGUAGAAAUACCUGCUGGAGUUACUGACACCAUGUUGACAAACACAAAUUUUGUGGAGGACAAUGAGAGUCAACGUAUUUUAAAUGUUGCACCAGGUGAAGGGAAUAAACCUUCAAGCAUAUUCAGAGAUCAAUAUUCUGAAGAAUUGGCAUAUCCUAGCAUAUUUCUUGGACAAAAAUGA